CCCACUCUCUGCCUCGCUGACGCGAGAAUCUAAUCACGUGAUACCUGUCACUCCCAGCAGACUUCGCGGCCAAGAUGGCGGCCUCCAUCAGAUUGUUCCGUGCACUCGGUGACCAGGUGAAUGCUAACAUGUUUUUAUUAAAGGUGAUCGGCGUUACACAGUGACAUCAGAGCCGAAUACUGCGCCAGUACGACGAUACGCGUUGUAAAUGAUAGGCGGAGUCGUGGAUGUGAACAUAUAGCAUUAGUUUGUUGAUCUGUCAUUGUAAUCUGUCAGAGCAGUUGGUUGUUUUGCUAAUAAUUUGUAAAGAUCAUAAGGAACAGACCUGGAGUUUAUUUUGUUAGAAAAUGUCUGAUACUUAUCAAGAUGCAACAUGAUGUGCAGACUGCCUCAAUUAAAAGGAUACUGACAUAAUAUACAUAAUAUAAUAAUAUACUGACAUAAUAUAAUAUACUGACGUAAUAUACUGAAAUAAUAUAAUAUACUGACGUAAUAUAAUAUACUGAAAUAAUAUAAUAUACUGACAUAAUAUACAUAAUAUAAUAUACUGACAUAUAUACUGACAUAAUAUACAUAAUAUAUACUGACAUAAUAUACAUAAUAUAAUAUACAUAAUAUAUACUGACAUAAUAUACAUAAUAUAAUAUACUGACAUAUAUACUGACAUAAUAUACAUAAUAUAUACUGACAUAAUAUAUACUGACAUAAUAUACAUAAUAUAAUAUACUUAUUACUUACAUAAUAUACAAAUUAUAAUAUACUGACAUAAUAUACAUAGUAUAAUAUGCUGACAUACAUAAUAUAGUAUACUUAUUGCUUACAUAAUAUAAUAUGCUGACAUAAUAUAAUAUACUUAUUGCUUAUAUAAUAUGCUGACAUAAUAUACUUAUUGUAUACAUAAUAUAAUAUGCUGACAUAAUAUGCAUAAUAUAAUAUAGUUAUUACUUACAUAAUAUAUACUGACAUAAUAUACAUAAUAUAAUAUACUGACAUAAUAUAAUAUACAUAAUAUAAUAUACUUAUUACUUACAUAAUAUAUACUGACAUAAUAUAAUAUACAUAAUAUAAUAUACUUAUUACUUACAUAAUAUAUACUGACAUAAUAUAAUAUACUGAUAUAAUAUACAUAAUAUAAUAUACUUAUUGCUUACAUAAUAUAAUAUGCUGACAUAAUAUAAUAUGCUGACAUAAUAUACAUAAUAUAACAUACUUAUUACUUACAUAAUAUAACUUUGUUUAUUCUUGACAGAGGACAAGCUAUGUCUUGUCAGAACAUUCCUAAUGUGGGUUUAUCUCUAUUUGCAGGGAAUGAUUGCCAUUCUGAAUCCAGCCAGGCUGGCCACCCCUGCAACUGUCCUGCCCAUCAGGACCAAGAAAAGAUAUUUCAUCCCACCAUCUGUGUCUAGCAAAUAUAAAACUAUGACAGACAUGAUGAACAAGGCUAAGGCAGCUGGUGUGGUGACUCCUCAUGAAAUCCCAGAGCGCCCAAUUAAUAUUUCCUGCACGGGUAUGAACUCUAAACAUGUUGUUUUUUUGUUUGUUUGUUUUUUUCUUUGGAGCACAUUGUGAUAUUUGAGGGGUGGGGGUUUGUUUAGCUAGGCAGAGAACUAGUACUUUAGAAAUAUUUGGCCUGCAGAUUCUCAUAGAUCAGAGUGGUAUGAAUUUAUUUUUAAGGAAUAUUACUAAUUCUUCUUUGCUUUUAGCUGGCAUAUUUGAAGCAUAUGUGCCCCCUGAAGGUGAUGCUCGUCUAUCUACACUUUCCAGGGAAGGUUUGAAGCAGAAAACAGAGCAACUCAAAAAGAAUGCAGCUUCUCAGCUUGCGUAAGUUUUGGAAUUACCUAUUCAAGUCAUACGUUUCGUAAACUGUAACCCAAGGCUGUUCCAUCCUAAUUCCACUUCCGUUAUUUGCAACCAAUUCUUAAUUCUAUAGCAUAAAUCACACACUCAUCUCACUCUGUUUUAAAGGACCACUAUAGGCACCCAGAGCACUUCAGCUCAAUGAAGUGGUCUGGGUGCCAGGUCUCUCUAGGUUUAAUCCUGCCUGCUGUAAAGAGAAACUGCUAUGUUUACAUAUGGGUUUAUCCAGCCUCUAGUGUCUGACAGCCGCUAGAGGCGCUUCCGCGCUUCUCACUGUGAUUUUCACAGUGAGAAGAUGCCAGCGUCCAUAGGAAAGCAUUGAGAAUGCUUUCCUAUGGACUGGCUGAAUGCGUGGCUCUUGACGCGCAUGCACAUUCAGCUGAUGACGUCGGAAGGAGGAGGAGAGUCCCCAGCGCCGAGGGAGCCCGGCGCUGGAGAAAGGUAAGUGAUUUAACCCCUUCCUCCCCCUUCAGCCCGGCGAGAGGGGGGCCAUGAGGGUGGGGGCACCCUCAGGGCACUAUAGUGGUCCUUAAAUUCCACUGCAUUCUAUAUCUUUUUUUCCAACAACCAUUGCUACAAAACAACAUCGUAAUAUAUUCUUUAGUGUGUCUUUCUAGUGAAAUUAAAAUUUUUUGCUCACAGAAUUCGGAAGAUAAAAGAAUAUGACAGUGAAUUUCGUAGUAAGACUUUUCCAGAGAAGGCACAGGAAAUAUUCAUUGCUGCACAUGAAUGCCUGAAUCAGUAAGUAACUUGAACCAUUUUACUUUUUCAAUAAACAUAUCCACCUUGGGUGUUCCAGUUGUACCACAGUAUCUCUCCCAUAUUGUCUUACUAAAGGAAUUUAAAAAAAAAAAAAGUGUCUAAUCAAUGCAUGUUUUGUUUAUUUUAUGCCGGAUUCAUGUGUUUUUGCAAAAAGUAAAAUGUGCAUCAUAGAUCAAUUGUUUGUUUACCGCUGCAGGAAACUUACAAAUGUGUACAGGAAACUUAUAAAUGUGUAUUAUGCUGCUAUUCUGAAUGCUUGUCUUUUAAAUAUAAAUUAUGUUAGUCAUUUAAUUGCAUACUGGCUUUUUUUUUUUCUUUAUUUUUGUUCGUGCAUGAGGGUAACAGGCGAAUUUGUACUGCCACAAUAGCUGGUACAGUCGAGUUUACAUACAUUCUUAAUCACAUGGCAUUAACGACAUUGCACUUUUUUUUUGAAAGUAGUUAGAUAAACAAGAUAAUAACGUAAGCUUAGUAGUGAUAGCAAAUUAAAGACAUAGAUAUAGAGAAACAGUUGUGUGUCAUAUUAACUUGCCUAGUUUCAUGGAUUAAUACAGGAAGGUAGGAGCAUGCUAAGUCUAUUGAGGCUAUGGGGUGCUGAACACUGUUGGUAAACAUAGCCCUAGAAAAUGUAUAGCUCUGUGAAAAUUAUGCAGGCUGAACAUUAUCAUACAUAGCCCUAGAAAAUGUGUGUAGAGGAUGAGCUUUGUUGAAAGCUUGGCACAAGUUUGUACUAGUGUUGUUAGUCGAUAGGAAUACAAGAUAAUUGCAAUAGGUUAGCGUGUAAGUUGUAGGGCAUAACAUAUGAGCAUAGGAGUAAAACUGCAUUUCUCAGGGGAUCCAGGAAAGCGUCUUUAACAGCAAGUAGAGACUGUAUGAGGCAUAGGGUGAAUGACUCAUCUCACAGAGGUAGCACAAAAUAAUUAACCAUGGACAGAAACGUUCGGAUGCCUUUGAUUGUAUUCACGUGAGGAAGUACUGUGAGGCUGGCAAUAGUGAAUGCGAGUCCCAUCCGUGACGGUUGCCGCUUGUGAUCAGGACUCCAAUGAUGGUGCGGCUGUAAGAAGCUUGUUAGCGCUUAGCCAAUGCCCGAAGCAGGAAAUCGAAAGUCUUGCGCUUCGGGGGCUAGGGUGGCUGCAACAUUCAGGCGGUUUAGUUGGGCAUCCCUCUUGCCCCAGGCCAGUUGGUAGGCCAGCAUCCUCUUGCCCCGGACGUGUGGGCUCCUAAGGUCCCAGUCCUCCCCUGUAUGGGGUAGACGGGAGAUCGUGGUGGUAUGCCUCUGCCGGUUGCGGGCGAUCUUCCGUCUGCGUGGGUGAUGCCGUGGGGCUGUGCCCGUUUUGGCCCUCGGCCUAGGUGAUCGCUGACUAAUCGGCUUGUGUAUGUUUAAUGUGUGGGGGAUCAGAGGGGGCCAACUCACCACCCUAUCGUGAGCCUCCCCGUGUUGGAAUGCUGCUGUGGCUUGACGGGCUUUCAGCUUAGCCCAGAAACAGUUGAAAAUGUCAUCCAGGUUCUUCUGCGUUAUUUGCGCUGGAGUUAGCAGUUCCGUCUCAGACUGCGUGAUGGCUGGUUCCCACUGGGUACGACAGGUCGCCAUUUUGUGCGCUUUGCUAGGUUGUAGUUUAGUGGUGCUGGUUCGUGCUUGAGACUAGCCUGGUCGGACCGGGAUGACCCCCGCCGGUCCAAAGGGAGGGGAAACAGGGCUGAGAGAAGAGCUUGGGGUUGCACAGCUGCACACCGAGCGGGGGGUCGGCCGCUUCCCCCGUCCGACGGCCGUGCUAGGCCUCACUCCUCCGACCUCCGUCAGCCUUGCAGUGUACUCGCAGGCGACAGACCCGGGUUUCCUCUGCUGGCUCCAGAGGUAGGUAAGUUUCUUUUCGUGGCGUUAUGGCUGGCUGGCUGGCUAGGUUCAGGCUUAGUUGAGGAAUUUAGCUCGGAGCUCACACGAUGUGCGUCCAGCCGCCAUGAUGUCCAGGCCCCGCCCCCCCCAUACUGGCUUUUUUUUAAUUAAAAAAACAGGCAUGAAAAUCUACACCGGUUUGUUGAUAUAUGAGAGGCUGUCAUGCUAUAUAUAUUACAUAUGCAUACUCUAUUGUGCCUAUAUAAUUUAUAUUUUCUCUCAUUGAGACAAGAAGCAUUGUGAAUGCUAGAAAGUAAAUUUUAAAUAAUUUUUUUUAUUUUUAUUUUUAUAAUUUGUCCAGGUUUGACCGCCAUAAAUUGCACACACUGGUGACAGAAAGAUGCUAUCCUGUAAGUAAAACACUCAAGCACAUGCACAGUAAUCAAAUAAUUAACAUAAUGAUUCACAGUCAUAAUAAUUAAUAUUGUGCUAGUAAAUACAAUGGAACUGACAGUCAUAGUCAUUCUCAUGGUAAAUCUUAGAUCCUAAAUGUAAAACUCUGAGGUGUACCUAUGAUCUAUGGAACAAGGGAUAAAGCUGCUUAAUAGCACUUCUGAAAUUAAAAUAAAUAAAAUUUGUUGCUGCACCCUCUCAAUUUUUAUUGUAUCUCUCCACACCCCCUUAUCUCCAGGAUCCUAGUAUGAAAGGUGAAUGUAGAGUGAAUAUGAUAGGAUGAUCAGUCCCUGCACCCUCCCCACACUCACACUGCUGCUUGGAACCAGAGCCUUGUAAGUGUGGUCACAGUGGGAAACACACAAGUGGGUGAGGGGUAAAAGAGAAUGAAGCAACACACUAAAAGAGUAAUUUGGGGUAUUGAAAAUUGUACAAGGGCAAAGGAGAGACACAAAAGAGGGUGAAAAGGAUAUGUAGAGAUCAGUAAAGGGACAAUGGGGUGGUAAGGAGAGAUGUAAAAGGGGUCAAUUUCACAAUGUUACAAAGCUUGACGGGAGAAAAGUGUGUGGUUCCUCUUCUACCCUGUCACGUGAGGUGUACUGCCCCAUCCUCCCAUUUGGACACUACUAGUAAAAGUAAUUUGUGAUGGAGAGACAAAUUUUACAUGGCAAUAUACAUUGAAGGACAGAUUUAAUGGCAAAAUGAAUUUUACAGUGUAUUUUGAAUACACAGUUGUAUUACUGUGGAGUCCUUGAAUAACAUAAAUGUUGUGUAUGAGCCCUUUUUCAGUCUUUCCCUUUUUAAAUAAUGUGUAUAUUUAUUACAUACAUAUUACUUUUUACAUACAGGAAGGGGGCCUCAUCACUAAUAGUUCAAUGGAGAGGGGGAGAACAUUUCACCGCUCAUAUUUUUGUCCCUCACUGCCCUUUCACAUUGUGUUGAUGGCUUUUAAGCAUCAUGGCACUAAAAUAGGACCUCAUUGCUGGUGCUGCCAAGUACAAAAAGAGAUGCCACAUCCACCAUGUUUCCCAGGACACACAUCACUUAAACAAAUUGAUGAAAACUGACCAGAGAAAUACUCAGUUAGCUUACUUAAUAAGCACUGAGGAAAUACAGGAAUCACAUUGCUUUAUUGAUAUCCCAAGCACCUGGGGCGUUAUCUCUGCCAAGUGGUCUUAAUAUAAUGAAGGCUCCUCCCAACAGAUAAAUCAAGCAGUUGGGAGUGUGCAAACAAAGUUUAUAUGUGUCCCCACUGCACUCAUCCUAUACAUAUGUCUUGAGGGGUCGUAUGUAUGACACCCUUACUCUGCAGAGGUCAUGCACAACUGACACCCAGUAAUGACCUGAUAUCCAUUCAAAAUACAAAUACUUUAUGACAAAGGAUCAACAUUUCCAUUUGUUGCUAGCCAUUGGCGAGUAAAUAUUCACCCCCUGUUAAGUGUCUCAUGGACCCACCAUGCUUGCAGUGGUGAGUAACUUGGGUAGUAGUGUAUGACUUGAAAUUUUAAGCCCUAUAUUACAUUAAAAAAAGUGAAUAAAAUAACUGAAUUUGAAAUGAAAUGAAGAUAAGCUCACUCUGUGUUUCCACCCACUACACAUAUUGCAAGAGCUUCCCACCUCUUGGCAGGAGUUUCAAAAAAAAAAAAAACAGCCUAGCUAGAUGACAAAAAGAUACUUUCUUAGACAUUUGGCAGCUGUGCUUUAACUGUGAGACAGUCCAUGGUUAUAGGCACGAGAUGUCUCUCCCUUAUAGUGUUUUUCUUUCCUUUGUAAUUUGCCAUCCAGGGUUCUUUAUGUUGGCUUUGUGACUGUGUAUUUUAUGGAUAUUUUAAUAGCUUUGAAAAAUUUGCCACAAAACUAUAAUUCAAAAUAAAAAAAUUAAUAUGCAUAAAUGUUGUUACAGAUGGAAAUUAUGCACCUGUACCCACCAUACGCUUAUGAACUUCAUGCUCAAGUUUUUACACGCACCUUUUUAUGAUUAAAGAUUUCUGCAAGCAAGGCGUUUGGUGGGUACUGUUGAAUGCAGAUAUGAGAUAAUCAUUGGCAGAAUUUAUGUACGCCUCCCUGUGUUUCUCUUAAUUUCCUGCCACAAAUAUUGUAACUGGUGCCUUUUCUCCUUUGCACAUCAAUGCAAUUCCCCCUUGAUUUCUCAGGAAAUGGUGCGUGGCAAUAGAUAUCGUACUAUACGCUGGAGGUUUAUUGAAUCUCUGGAGCCUCCUCGUGUUGUGCAGGUUCGCUGUCCUGACAUGGUCUCCAAGGGAAACUUGUAUGGGCAGGUGACAGUUCGUAUGCACACCAAACAGGUGAGUGAUAGCAUCAAAGAUUUACUUAAGAUUGACUUUUUAUUUCCUCUGACACUGCUCAGUACUUUUUCUCCUACCUUUACUGUGAGUAUAAGAGUCCUCUCACUGUCGAAGUCCGUAUUGGUCAUCAUUUUGAAGUCCAUAUCCUCCUGUAGAACUUCAUAUGGACACAAUACAAGAGUAGUUUUUGUGUAGUUCCAAAAGUGAACCAGUCAUCAUGGAAACCAAUGAAAAGUGUAAUUUUUAGAGCAUAACCCCAAUAUGUUCCUUCUUUCAUAAACUGGGCAUAUAUCUAGUCCCUCCUUGUUCCAAGCAAUAUAUUUUCUUCACUUCCUAGCAUUUUUUUAGCACUUGUACAAUAUCCCUUACCCUUUUAAUUCUAUGGACCAUUCUGUAUUUAUUACUGGUUCUCUUUACGUGCUAACUUAUAGCAUUAUGUCUUUUCAUAAUUUAAUUCAUGAGUAAGGAAAAUUUAAACCCUUUCCUAGUUUAUCCCAUGCAUCAUUUUCUUGCCAUCUCUUAAUAUCGUUCAACUAAUAAGACUUAAUUAGUGCUCUCCCUAUUAGAAUACUUUUUCCAUAUGCCUCUUAUAUCUUCUUUUGUGGACUCUUUAUAUGUAUUUGUAUGCUUUUUGUCACAUAAUACCACUUGUAUAACAGAGCCUGGUUAUCUAUGAUCGGUUUGGGAGAGUGCAGUAUGGAAAGGAUGAACCUAGAGAUGUUUUAGAGUAUGUGGUAUUCGAGCGUCAUAUGGCAAACCCAUAUGGAACAUGGAGAAUGCAUGGGAAGAUUGUGCCUUCUUGGUCUCCACCAAAAGAACCAAUUGUUAAGGUAACUGAAAAAAAUGGUACACAUGUUUCUGAAAUAGUACACAGGUUAUGUUGCCCAAUGAAAACUGUAUUUUUCUGUAUUGCAGACCGUGGUGUUGCCAGGACCAAACUUACAGCCAUGGGAAGAAGUAGAGGACUUUAUUCAAGAGGUGCCUGAAUCACCGCAACAGCAAUGGCAUAAAUGAAGACUUUACCAUUCUGAUGAACAAUAUUUGAACUGCAUAAUUAGGAUUAAUUUUUCCAGCCACAGUGGGAUACAUACUCCAUCUGCAAAGGAUUCUGGACCCGCCCAACACUGUUCUAUUAAAAGUGCUUUGUUUCCUUUUUGUCUUAUUAUAAUUAAAUAUUUUUUUGGCAUAAAUAUUUUCGUCUACCACUCUACCACAAAAUUGUUUUCUUGCUGUGGAUUAUCCUUGUGAAAUAAAAGGUGGAGUCUAGACCAGUAGUUCCAAAUUUAUUCCACAAGGCACACCAAGAGUCAGGAAUCCUGGGCUUUUUCCAGUUCCUGCAAUGACGACAAUGAUAAAACCUGGGCCAUUACUCUGCUGGAGUAAUGGACUGUAAACAACUGGUCUUGACAAACAAUUCCAAAUGCAUAUCAUAUAUUUAGUAUGAACAAGUCUGUAUGUAAGGUUACAUAGCUGAAAAGAGACUUGCGUCCAUCAAGUUCAGCCUUCCUCACAUAUGUUUUUUGCUGUUGAUCCAAAAGAAGGCAAAAAACCAAGUCUGAAAAUUUCUUCUUGACCCCAAAAUAGCAGUCCGAUGUCUCCUUGAAUCACGCAGCUAUUACCCCACUAAUUAGAAAUUAUAUCCCUGUAUGUUAUGUUUUUGCAAGUAUUUAUCCAAUUGCAGUUUAAACUUCUGUAUAGACUCUGACAAAACCACCUCUUCAGGCAGAGAAUUCCAUAUCCUUAUUGCUCUUACUGUAAAAAAACCUUUGCCUUAGAUGAAAUCUCCUUUCUUCCAGCCUAAAUGUGUGACCUUGUGCCCUAUGUAUAGCCCUG